AUGGAUAAGGGCGUAUUAAGUGGAUGCACAAUGUGGCUGAAUGGUAUUGUUCAAGCAGAACAAGGUCCCCAUAGAGAUAGAGAAAAUUCAACUACAGAUCAGCAGCAGGCGGUAGCUAGAUACCAAGGCACACCAUUUCCCACCGUCAGGCCACGGAUAAGUGAAGUCGUUCUUUGGAGCGUAUUGACAACGUGGAUCAUCUCAACAUUGAGAGUGAUCUCGUACAUGCUAGAUGCCGAAAAAUACGAGAGAAGGGGAAAGAAAAAAAAAAAAACGGCAACCGGAUCGCCGGGUACAACAAGGCUGGAAACACAGAUACAAACAGCUGAGGAUAGGAGAUGCGAUGAAAGACGUUGUCCCUGCUGCAGCAGACGGGUAGGCCGACUGGAUGGGCUGCAAAUCGGGGCGCGAUGA